AUGGCAGACUUGUCCGCGCUACUGACCUCUUCCAAAGCGCUGACAUCGCAUCUUUCAAAGCCCGAUCUGCCCUCCAUCAACCUUUCUCUCGACCAAAUUGAAGCACAGUCGCGACGGCUAGUCUCGAAAAGACCGCGGACGGGAGACAACGAUCGAGCGAAUUAUCUGCUCGCUCAGGCCCACGUCGAUGCCCCCGCCCUCGCCAGCUCCAUCGCCCACCUGAACACCGCGAACACCUUUUCCCCCCUCCAAGCCCUCCAAGACACCGAUGUUCUCGGCUACCUGCGCCACGCGCACGAGCAGAACAUUAUCAGCACCAUUGAGGAGGGCCGGAGGCAGACACAGGAGGAGUUCUACCGCGUCCUCGAGGAGCGCGCGAAGCGCGACUGGGAGGCGAAGAAGAAGCGCGUGUUUGAGGAGCUCGGGGGACGGUUCGGCGGGGACAUGAUGGCACUCAGCGUGCUGGACAAGAAGAAGGGUGUGCUUGGGAGGAGUAUGGCAGCGGGCGGGACUGGUGGGCCGGGGUUCAGCGCGCAUAUGCAAUCGAAGAUGAUGGCGUACGACCAUGUCAUUGGCGACAUGAACGCUUCCCGACUGCGCGGAAUAUCCUACCCUAUCAUACACGCUCUCCGGAACGCGACAGAAUCUGUAAACGGAGACUCCACCUCGCACGCCAUGAUCGAAAACUGCGAGCUCCUCUGCAAAAUCACCCAAGAGCCGCCGACGCUCCCGCCCCCCGAGCACGCCGGCGCGCACAUCCUCAACACGCCGCUCUUCGAGCGCAAAUACGCCAGGGUAUACCUCGGCGACCCCGAGUCGCGCGAGGCGAUCGCCCUGCGUAAGCAAAUCGCGCGCGGCGCGAUGGAGGCGCUGGAGGAGCAGUACUGGGACGUCGUCGAGCGCACGAUCGCGUCGCGCCCGAUGGAGGCGCGCCUCGGGGGCGACCCGAGCGUGUCAAAUAAGAUCCGCGCGUAUUUGCUGGUAAGGUAUUAUCGCGGCGGGGAGUGGGAGGAGCGGAUUGAGCUGGUAUCGGGGCAACCGCUGUGGGCGAAGCUGUUCUUCCUGGUACGGACGGGUCAUGCCAAGGAAGCUUUGAAGGAGGUGGAGCAGUACCAGGCGCUAGUCGACCGCCACGAAACCAGUUUCAUCAGCCACUUUCGAGCUUGGGUUGAAUCACCGGACCAGAGCCUGCCGAAGCCUCACCGAGAUCACCUUCAGUCUGUGUACAACGCACAUAUGCUGCACAGCACGAGCGAUCCGUUCAAACUCGCUCUCUACAAACUCAUGGGUAAACUCGACCCGUCGCGACGACACGUCCCGCUCGUCACGACUACUACGGAAGACUGGCUGUGGUUCCAGCUGGCCAUGCUUGACGAGGAAGAGAACGGUGGCUUACGAACGCUCGCAGAUGUCCUGCUAGGGUACGGUGAGAAGCAAUUCGAGCCCCUGGUAGAGGGGCGACCCGCCAAGCGGGGAGUUUGGGCGGGCGUUCUGCUCAUGGUCGGCGAAUUCGAGAGGGCUGUCGCGGCCCUCUGGGACCACGAAGAAACGGAGAUAGAGGCGGUACAUCUGGCAAUCGCACUAGCUUACCAUGGGUUACUUCGUGUGCCCCCUCGUGCAGAGACGUCAGACACCACUCCGCUUGUCGUCGCGCCCUUGUCGCCACCCGCCCUCAGCCUCUCGACCCUGAUAUGGCGCUACGUGCGGCAGUUCGUCAAGAUGGACGCGAAGGAGGCGCUGCAGUACAUCUACUGCGUGUGCUUGAGCUCGGAUCAGGGCGAUGGUGUCGGCAGGGAGCAGCUCGAGAUCGCGUGGGACCUCGUACGCCGGACAAUCUCGCUCGCGAACUCUGGGGCCGCAUGGGAGGCGCUGGUUGGUGGCUUCCGGCCAGACGGGACGAGAUUCACCGGCCUUAUCGAGCAAGGCCGCUCGCUCCUGUAUCUGGAUAACAACAAGGACUUCAACGAACACAUCCUCGUACGCGCCGCGCGCCAGGCAGAGGAGAAUGACCAGAUCGCGGAGGCGAUCAAGCUGUACAACCUCGCGAGCGACUACAAUACCGUCGUGUCGUGCCUCGCGCAGGCGCUGGGUAGCAGCCUGUCGCAGCUGAACGAGAGCGAGGCGGGAAGGAAUCUGGAGAAGAGCGCGAGGGAGAUCUUGAGGCAUUACGAGCGGACGAAUAAGGCGGCGGGACGGGAUCGCGAUGCUGUGGUUCGACUACUGGCGAUACGCGAGGCCAUGAACGCGAAGGAAGCCGGUAGGCCUGAGCAAGCUCUCGAGAUUAUGGAGUCUCUGGAGCUUGUUCCCUUGGACGGGGACGUCGCGAAGAUCACCAAGCGGGCGGAAGAGUUCAAGGACUUGCACGAAGCCCUACAGCGGAACCUGCACACGUACCUUGUUCUCGUCAUGGACGCACUAGCCGCCGUGCACCGAAAGGUAAAGGAUUCCGGCCAGCCGGAUGCCACCAAAAAAAUGCAAUUGUCUACGUUGCGGAAGAAAUCGAGAUCCCUGAUUAUGUUUGCGGGGAUGCUAAAAUACCGGAUGUCCCCGGACGUGUACUCAUACCUCUCGAGAGUGGAUGUCGAGGUUGCAUUGUGAUGUAUCAUCGUUUCAUGUAUAUACUGUUUUCUAGGACGUCCAUGCCAGCGCGCUCAGCCCUCGGUGGCGGCUACUCCGUACGCUUGCGGGCCACGGGCCGGGGGCUUUGUGGCGUUCCCGAUCGUAAACAAGG